AUGGAUAAGGUGCUUCUUAAGUACACAGAAUACAAUGAGCCUCAUGAGAGUAGGACUAACAAGGAUAUCAUUGAGGCAUUAAACAAGAAAGAGCACAAGGGUUGUGAAAGCCCUGAACCAGAGCAUGAGCAGUACAUGCUGGGUCCCCGCUGUGAUGACAAAUAUGGAAGAAUCAAUGAGGAAUAUGCCAGAGUCAUGCAGCAGAACUCUAUACGGCCGGGCAUGCAGCAAUAUCCGACCGUUUCCAUGCCAGUCAGUGUCCCAAUUCACAACCCUGGCUAUAUGGUCCAAUCCCCCAUUUCAUCCCUGGCUCAAAAUGCCUCCAUCAGUAGUACUACAGGCCUGCUUCAGCCCCAUGCAGUCGGCACCAAUGUCAGUCCAAGACCAAAUUCCACAGGAGGAAUGGUUGAUCUCAGUACUUCAGCUGCCAACAACUACCAGCAGAGAUCUUCUCCAAGCACAUCUCCUGGAAUAAUGUCAAACAAGGCAAUGGCCAAACAGUCUCCUAAUUCUCAGCAGAGACAACACAACCUGAGGGUCAUGAUACCUAAUUGUCGAGGUGACAUGAAUUCAGAGUCCCAGCCGAGGAAUUCCAAUGCUCUGGCAACCCCGAUUGUAUCAAUGGCUACUCCGGGGAUGUCGAGCUCUAGUUAUCCGUCCGCUCUUCCAAGUUCUUUCCCACCAAAUAACCACAGCCAGAUGUAUGUCGAUCGACCUCAAGGAUCUCCUGAAUAUGACUUUGCUUUAAAUACUGCUGACCUCAGUAGUAUUACCAACUACAACCAUUGGGGAAGCCAAGGUGCACAAGCACCCCCAGGUUCCUUACAGAGUAACAUGCAGAUGUCUUCUGGUUCAGGAGGUAUGCCAAACUCCAACUCCGCCUUGGCACUUAACAUUCUAAAUCCUGGUUUAACUAUGAAUAUCAAGAGUGAACCAAUCUCUCCACCUCGAGAGACGAACACCCCCUCAAGUCAGCAGCUGCGACCCCCAUCUGUUGGCAACCAGAGCCACUUGUCCCCCGGCCACAUAUCACAUAGCAACAGUUCAUCGCCCAGCAGCACCAAUGACUAUGAACAGGGCCCAACUGGCUCAAAAAGAUCUCGAAUAGAGGGCUGGGCUACAUAG